ACAUUUGACUGAGGGACUGACAUCCGUGAGCAGCGGCAGUGACACCAUGACAAGCAACUGUUCAUUUGAAGGGGUGGACAACCUGAUGAAAUAUUUGGAGCUGGCCAUAUACCUGCCCAUCUUCCUCACUGGUCUGAUUCUCAAUGUUGCAGCGCUCUUAGUGUUCUGCUUCUUUCUGCGGAAAUGGACAGAGUCAACUAUCUACAUGACCAGCUUGGCUUUGAUGGACCUGCUUCUCCUCUUCCCUCUUCCCUUCAAAAUGCACGCCAACACUCACCCCUGGCCUGCUAACCUCCAACCUCUCUGUUCGAUCUUGGAAAGCCAGUAUUUUGUUGGGAUAUAUGGCAGCAUCUACACCAUCAUGUGUAUAGCUGUGGACCGAUGGGUGGCUAUCUGUCACCCGUUCAAAGCCAAGCAACUGCGUUCACCCAAAGCAGCUCUGUGGACAUGCAUCGUGGUCUGGGUGCUGGUGCUGGCAGUGAUCUUUCCAAUCAUCUAUCGCUUCAGAGAGGCCGGGAAGGGGGACUUUCACUGUUUCCACCAAUUUUCAGAGAAAGGCUGGAGCCCUCCGGUGAUCAUCUGUCUGCAGGUGUUUGGGUUCCUGGUGCCUGCACUGGUAGUGGUUUACUGUUCGGUGCGGACCAUCUGGGCACUUCAGCGGUCUGGCCAGCACAGUCCCCAGAGCCGGGCCUGUGUGAAGAUCAUCUACAGCAGUCUGAGUGCCUUCCUGCUGCCUUUUACCCCCAGCCACCUGGGCAUCCUCCUGCAGUUCCUGGUACACCAAGGAAUGAUUCAAGACUGCGGCAACAAGAUCAGGAUUAGCCUUUAUAUACAAAUAGCUAUGUGUCUGUCCAACAUUACCUGCUGUCUGGACGCUCUGUGCUACUACUUCAUUGCUCAUGAGGUGAGGAGCCCCAAACACACCUUCAGGAUAUCAAUGACCAGCCAAAGAAGAGCCACCUUCAGCACUUCAUCGGUCUGAACAUAAAGACAAAACAAGGUAAAACAUAUAUUUGUCCUCAUUGGAUGCAUGGUAGUAAAUAUGACAUCUGUUAUCUUGAGUUUUAGCAGGCCAGUGAAACUAAAAAAGAGCCAGUAUUGUUUCCAGUAGCUGAUUAGCAAGUGCAACAUGCACUAAGAGUAACGGGUCAGAGUGCAAUCUCAACUAACAACAGUGCUUGAGAGUGAGGGUUGAGGAAAGGCUCUGACAAUCUGACACAUAAUUUGGUCCAGUGACAGGAAGCCCCUUAGAUGCCUGUGUAACCUCAGAGAGCUCUGAUACUCAAAAGGUAGGCUGCAACAAGCCACAAUGUGACUUCUUUCUGCAAUGAUUUGUGGAUAAACUUGUGAGAUGGAUUAAGGCCCUUUCAGGUUGUCCAGUUCUGCACACUGAGAAUCUGAUGUGGGGUACAAAAAAUGUCAAAGUAGUGAAACUGGGCACCAGCAGCUCAUUGCAGAGCUUUGCAGUCUACUGUAUAAACUCAAGAAGUCAAGUCAAAGGCGCAUGUAAGAUCAGUGCUGAUACACUUUGCCACACUUUGAUUCACAAGAUACAGUUAGUAAAUUGCGAAACUUCUUAUAAGACACAGCUAACUAUAAUAACAAUAAUAGGUUUAAUUUAUGUUGCUCAUAUAAAAUGCAGAUUUACAUAAAAAGUCAACUUGAAACAAGUCAAUAAUUAAGUAAAAUUAAACCUAUGUAUUAAAGUAUUCACUUACUUAGUAUAUGAAUAAAUCAAGACACCGACCAGUUGAGAUCUAAAAACAUAUUAAGUAAUUGAAUUGAUAAUUUAUUUAUAAUAACUAUAGCUUGAUGACAAAAUAUCUUUUUAUAUACUUUAACUGAUACUUAAAUCAUUUUAUUGUUUUCUUAAUUGUUGACUUUUUCUUAGUUUGGUUCUUUGGCAGAUUGUGACUUGUUAAGAAAUAUUACUGACUUGUAAUACAGAUAACUACAUCUAUCUAUUAAUGUACUGUAUACUCAAAUAAUGUUCAGGGGGGAAUAAUACUAUAUUUACACUUAAAAUAAAAUUAAAUCAAGCUGUCUGAUGUAAAUGUCCAAAAACUGACACACAUUAACAUCUUAUGCACAGCUUGACGCGGUACAGAUAUAUCCAAAACACAUUUAUAAUAUCAUCCACAUAUACAGACUGUCUGAAUAACAAAGACUAUAACAUUGUACGUGAACUUUUUCUUAGUUUGGUUCUUUGGCAGAUUGUAACUUGUUAAGAAAUAUUACUGACUUGUAAUACAGGUAACUACAUCUAUUGUCAUUAAUAAGAAAUAUAGCAUCAGAAAUAUAUUUGAACCCAUACAUUCUGGGAAUUCUGACCUGAUUAUUCUUUUAGAAUUUCAGUUACAUUUAUGUAUCCAUCCUGUAAAUUAUUAUAGAAAUAAAGCCUGAGGCUGAGUGACAAAUUUUAAAUGUAUCUCCGACCUUAUUAAUGUAUACUCAAAUAAUGUUCAGGGGGCAAUAAUUCUAACCCAUUUCAUUUCGUUGUCCUGAUAUGAAUGAGGAAGCAAAUAACUGAAAAGGUCUGCUGAACGUUAUAGGAAUGCAAAUUGACUGUCUGUGUGUUUAUCAAACAACUUCCUUAGACUUACCACAAUACCACAAUAUAUAUAUAGCAAUAGUAUUAAAUUGUUAAAAACUGUUACUGACCUCACCUGUGUACUAAGAUCAUUAGACUGUUUUGACAUUUGAUUUAUGUGAAUGUAGUCAAAGCUAAACUCAAAUGGAAAGUGGUACAUGCAGUACCAUUGGGCCGCUCUCUGUCUUAUUUUGCUCAUGUUGAACAAAGUCACCUUCAGUGGAAGGUGUUCUUAAGUCUCAAUAAGAGGAUUUACUGUAUUAAUUUUUAUUGUAUCAAAUACCUCUUCCAAAACCAGAAACAAGACAUCAAACUCAUGUUUUCUUAACUUGCAUUACUUGUUUCGAUGCUUUCAUUUUGCACAAGCCUCAUCUUUGCUGAGUUUCAAUGUUAUUUGUUUAUACCAUAUGCUUUAAUUCUAUGACUGUCUGUUCUGAAGCUUGAAGAAAAUUACAGAAAUUACUUUACUGAACUUUUCUCAACAAUUUGCAUGACAUGACACCAAAUCUUCCUCUUCCAUUUGGAAGUGAAAUAAAGCUUUCCACAAGCAAUUCAUCUUGUGAUGUGUGUCACAUUCA